AGGACCAAAAUGAAAUGUUCGUCAAACUAAAAUGACUACUGGUGUGUUGGCUUCCCCUCCGUCAAGAAUCUCGGGAACCAAACAGUGUUAUACGUGUUCGUACGGUGUCUACUCGUAUUGGCAUUUAGGCUUUCCGGAGAAUUCAAAACUUAUGCUCAGCUCUACAGUCUAUCUCCAGAUAAGCUCAAUCAAAUUAACUCCCGAUUUGUGGGAGCAGAUUUCCACCAACAAAAUGGGUUCUUAGAGACUCAAUUACCUAAAGAAAUUUUCAAUUUUGAUGCUUUCAUAAAGCUUCAAUUGUCCAUUAACCAAGUAGGUAUUUUGCAGAGACCUGAAUUUGCUCAAUCUCUGCAAAACCCAACAAAAGCCAAUGGCUUUGUCCAAUUCAAUCAUGUGGGUCUCUGCAAAACCUCCAUUUUCUAGCUCAUUUCUCCAAAACCCUAAACCCCUUUUGCCCCAAAUCUCACGUCCAAGUCUCCAUUCUCAAUCUUCACUGACCCCAACAAUCCACUGUGGUCUGCGUGAGCUCCGAGUGCGAAUUGAUUCCAUAAAGAGUACCCAGAAAAUCACCGAAGCCAUGAAGCUCGUCGCAGCUGCCAGAGUUCGAAGAGCCCAAGAAGCAGUCAUCAAUGGCCGACCCUUUGCCGAGACCCUCGCGGAGGUCCUUUACGACAUCAAUGAGAGGCUUCAAGGUGAAGCCAUAGAUGUGCCCCUGACAAAUGUUAGACCCGUCAAAAGAGUUGCUCUUGUGGUCAUCACCAGCGACCGCGGUCUCUGUGGUGGUUUCAACAACUUAGUGAUAAAAAAGACCCAGACCAGGAUCGCCGAAUUGAAGAAACUUGGAUUGGAUGUCACUGUGAUCAGUGUCGGCAAAAAGGGUAACUUCUAUUUUAUGCGUAGGCCUGAGAUUAGCGUUGAUAGGUUUAUAGAAGGUGGCCUAUUUGCAACAACAAAAGAGGCUCAGGCCAUUGCGGAUGAUGUUUUUUCACUUUUUAUUAGCGAGGAGGUUGAUAAAGUUGAACUUGUGUACUCUAAAUUUGUGUCAUUGGUGAAAUCCCAACCGGUUAUUCAAACCCUGCUUCCAUUGUCACCGAGGGGCAAGGUUGUUGAUGGGAAUGGGAAUUGCGUUGAUGCAAUGGAGGAUGAGUUCUUUAGGCUGACAACAAAGGGAGGCAAACUGAGUGUGGAGAGGGAUAGUGUGAAGAAAAAGAGGGAAGGGCUUUCACCGGUUAUGGAAUUUGAACAAGACCCUGUUCAGAUUAUUGAUGCCAUGAUGCCUCUCUACUUGAACAGUCAGAUUUUGAGGGCAUUGCAGGAAUCAACAGCUAGUGAGCUCGCAGCGAGAAUGAAUGCUAUGAGUAAUGCGACCGACAAUGCAGAUGACUUGAAGAAGACUCUUUCGAAUUCUUACAAUCGGGAACGUCAGGCAAAGAUUACAGGGGAGAUAUUGGAGAUUGUUGCUGGAGCUGAGGCACUAAAAGAUUUUGAGUAAUCUCAAUCUUCCUCUUUUUGUAGUUCGUUCAUUUUUUUCCCAUAUUUUUCAUGGUGGAAGUUUUGUGACUUAUUCAUAGUCAAUAAGUUAGUGCAAAGCAUCAUUAGCUAGAGAGUUUCUUAAUUGUAAUGAUAGUCUGAGCUCUCAUAUUGAGAACCAUAUUAUGAAAUGGAGGAAAAAAUAAUAUCAUUCUUGUU